UCAAGCUCCAACCGGUCCAUUUGAAACUGGUUUCAAAGUUGGGUUAUACGAUUAUACCAUAAAGAACAACUCUGCUGAUAACAGUCAGUUGAAUUUGCAACAUUGUCUGAAGAAGUUGUUGCUUUGAGAUGAAAUUUUACCUAGCAGUCGUUCCAUUUCUACUACUGUUAGUCCCGACUCGCCAGCAGGGCUCCUGGAUCAGCAGCAACGAGUGCGGGAUUCGCAAGGUGAAGACCUCCGAUGGCCAGUGGCCGUGGCACGUGGCCGUGUACCGCGCCACGCCAACCAACCGCACCAUGGAGUACACUUGCGGUGGGACGCUUAUCAGCGAAAAGUUUGUUCUUACGGCCGGGCAGUGCGUUUUGGACGAGUAUUUGAAUCUUUUGAACUCAAAUUUGUUCGCGGUUCGGCUAGGGGUGUUCGAUUUGGAACGGCUGAGUCUUAGAUUUGGACGAUUUCGCAGGGUUGUGCAUACUUUUGUGACGUAUGGGGUUUGGGAGAAUGGAAGCUCGAUUGCGCUGCUGGAGUUGGGUGAAGGUGUUCAGUUUGGUGAUUACGUUCAACCGAUUUGUGUUUAUCAAGGGUUUUUGGAAGAUAUUGGGGAUGGAACGAUGGCUGGUUGGAGUUCGACGAGGAAGCAACCAGAUGUAUUGAAGAGUUCUGAAUUAUCUGUAAUGCAUCCGUCAAAGUGUUCUGAGUUGAGUCAGUGGCUUUUAUGUGCUGAAAUUUCAAAUGGAACUAUAGUGAACAAAGCCGCGACAGGUGGAGGAUUCUUCGUUGAAAGAGAUAAUAUUUGGUACUUGGUUGGGGUGUUGAUUCAACUACCUCAAGGACAAACCUACGUGGGAUUCCAAGGACUAACACAACAUAUUCAAUUUAUUAAGAUGAUAACGGAUAUCUCGUAUUUGGAGGAAAUCAAAACCUUAAAAAUCUCAACUGAUCAACCAAUGCCUCCAUCAGCGCCAGAUUACGCCAACCGUCUGCCGAAACAGUGUGGAAAUUUCAUCCCCAGCCGAGUGUACGACGAUUUCCACUCGGAAGUGUACGAAUUUCCCUGGAUUGCUCUCGUAGGCUACCGCCGACUUCACUACACUUACCUGCCGUACUUUAGCUGCACUGGAACGCUCAUCAAUCGACGCUACGUGCUGACGUCCGGUGCAUGCGUUAGUCAUGGGAAGAUUAACGUUGUACGUCUUGGAGAGCAGGAAAUCGGAAACCAUCGGGAUUGUGAUUUGAUUGACAAAAACGAUUGUGCUCUUGUGGUGCAGGACUAUGACGUGGAGCACUUUAUCAAGCAUCAUAGUCACGAUAUCGGGCUGAUUCGACUUGCUGGAAAUGUUGUUUAUGAAGGUACUAAGCCGUUUUGUUCUAUAUUACGCAUUGACUGUAAUCCUAAGAUUUUCACAUCCAGCCUGUUUGCCUACCGGUGACAAAUGAAUUACAAAACCAGCGACCAGCCUUACACUUUGUCACAGGUUGGAAAGAAACCCUGCUGAGUAAUCGAUACCAAUCGAUUUUACGUAAGGAAUAAGUGAGAGAAUUUGGCGCCAAAAAAUGCCAAAAGUACUACAAUAAUUUGAGCAUUCCAAUCGAAACUAACGCCCACCUAUGUACCAAACUUGAUUUGUUCGUUCCUUGUGAAGGACACGGUGGAGAACCACUGGGUGCUGCCGUUCUGUACAACGGAUAUCGGUUUGUUCAAUAUGGCAUUAGAACGCAAGUUAAUCGUUGCGACUCGGGUGCAGCGAUUUAUUUGAACGUUGCAUACUUUUUGGACUGGAUCAUGUUCAGUAUGGAAGCUAAAGAUUUUGCUAAACCGGAAUUUGGUUAUCAAUAAAGGUU